AUGCCAUUCAUACUGCCACUAGUGGCCAUCGUUUAUGUCGGCAAACGUUUGAUUGGUUGUAAGCAACAACAACAACAACGGGACAGUAAUAGUAGAAAUAGUAGUCAUCAUAAUCAGCGACAACAAGAUCACCAAUUGGACAACCAAUUGGUCAGACACAACAGCAGCAGUCGUGAUGAUGACGACGACAACGACUAUGAAGACGACAACAAUAACAGCAGCAAUGAUUGUACCAAUAGUUCGCUGUUGUUUAGCAGCAAAUUGUCGUCCAGUUUGUCCAUUAUUUCUGUAAAUUCCGGUACAACAACAUCUUCUGCAAGGAGGAGAAGCAGCACUAGUAGUAGUAGCUCCGGAACUAUGGAGGAGGAGGAGGAGGACACCAACGAUAAUGACAACGACGACGACUGGUCUGCCAGCAGUGAUUCCAGCAGUGAUUCAUUGGACAGUCAAUUGUCGGACAUUUGUUGUAGUUGUUUAGGACGACUGUCCACUUCUACUACCGAUAGUUCGAUGACCGAUAGUAGCCGACAAUUAUUGCUAAUGUCAUCAUCAUUGCCGACAACGACCAGUACCUUAUCGGACAAGUCGUCCUGUGCUGUCACCAGACGUAGUCCUGCGUGUCGUACGCCGUCCAUAAUGUCUGAAAUCAGUAGUAGUAGUAGUACUAGUGAUGCCGAUACUGUCAUUAUCAGCGAUACGUUAUCAUUGUCCUCAUUAUCAUCAUCAUCGGCGGCAACCAGUGUCUACUCAGUGCAAAGCACCAGUAGUUUGUUAUCGCAAUGA